AUGUGGCAAGCACAACAGGCGGUACGCGUUUUGUUUCAGCUUUCCUAUGCCUGGAUGCCAUUUCCUUCGAAAUGCUGUUUUGUCUCUUUUUUCCCCUUAUUUAUUUAUUUAUUAUUUAUUAUUUUUACAUGCGCACGGGCGCUAUGGGCGGGUAAAGGAAAGUUGUGGCAGGAAGAGGGUUCAAUGCGACGGGCCACAACUACUGCACGGAUACAUUGGGCGGAGCAGUUGCGCAUGUACCGAACCCCAUUGGGCGGCACCUACUUUGAACAGCCCUUGCCGUCGUCGCUGGGGGCCUCCCGGGCCAAAGGGAAAGAAAUCAGCACGGCUCAUAUCACCAUGAGACGGCGGGGACCGCGAAAGGAAAAAAAACCACUUAGUGUCCCUCUUACAGCCGAGGGUCUGAGGGGAAAGAUGCGACAAAUUGGGGAGGCAAUGGUCGUUUUCAAGCAACGCCGCGCGGAUGGGGGAGAGGUGCGCAUUGCAGAAGAUAGCCAUCACGAGACGCGGCAGCGGGCAUUUCACAAUACAGAGGAAAAUGAAUUUACGCCAAUGCGUGUCGCUACGGAGCUUUCGCCCGUUAUCUUGGUGGAGCAGGACGAUGUGGUAUUGGCAGAGACUGGAGAAGAAGAAGAGGGAAAGAACACUAUUCUUCCGGGAAGCAGUGUUCUAGGCAGCGACCUGGAUCGACUGGAGCGUGAAAUGAUGCGCGAUUACCACCAACGUGGGAAAGAGCUUCCGCAUUUUGAUAGGGUCUAUGCAGCAUUUGGGAGUGGGAGACGCAGUAAGAAGCCGUACCACGUUCUUGCUGAGGAAUACCGGCAGCAAAUGGCAGUGAGAAAAAAUACUGCGGUCGCAGGAGCAGCUGGUCGGGGUGUCAAUUUCUGCCGUGGGCUUGAACAGAGAAGCGAAGAUAAGGAGGAGGGUGAGGAAGACGCCAUGUUGCCACCGGAGGCUAAUCCCCACUUCCCCGUUGCGAUGGAAUUUGGGGCCGUAUCCGCCGUUGCUGCUACGGAUAUGCAAUUGACGGAGAAUGCAACUUCUUUUGAUCCGUCUUCCCCUUCUUCCCCUCCGCACGAUGCGUCGUCCAGUGCGCGGCUGGCGCAUGGCCGCCUGCCGGAGCUUCGUGGUGCCGAGUUUUGGGACGACGCGGUCAAUCGUGAACGGCUUCAGCAGCGACUGGAUCACGCGGCAGAAGGCCACACACACGAGAUGUUGGCAGAAGGGGCGGUGGACACUGGUGAGAUUGGCUAUUCGGCAAACAGGGUGCGCAGGGAAACCCUGCUGUAUUUUCAGGCACAUCCCAUUAAUGAAAUGAUUCAGGAGCCUUUUGUGCGUAUUCGCAGCAUUUUGCCCAGUGACGGACAGGCAGAGAUGCAUUUUCCUGCAGGCGAUGCUGACACGGACGUGGACCUUCCCACAUCGCAAGCGCGGCGCAUGGCCCGUGAACUGGGCCUUGAUCUUAUCCGUGUGGGGGCGAUUCACACAGAUAGGAGCGACAGGCGUGUUGUAGCUCUCUGCAAAAUUGCGGAUCACCGGGAGCAAAUGCGCGAUAUGCUUCGAUUCAAGUUGCAGAAGCUAGGGGUUCAGCCUCCGCCCACGAAGGAGUGCAUCGAGGUGCCUUUUCGUGGUGGAACGCACCCCCACGCCAUCCGCUUCAAAAGUAUCGGUAUUGCGAAGCACCUUCUUCGUCGGCACGUGGUGCGCAUCAACCUGACGGAGUUCGGCACACCAAAGGAGGGGUUUCCUGUGUUUCGCACCAUUCUGGACGAAGUGAAAAAGCAGACACUCCAAUUAAGGGCAUAUCACACCGCCGGCACGGUACGAGCCAACUACAACGAGGUGUACUGCUACUUGUUUCCCUCAACGGGUCGAUCGCCCAAGACGACUGUUACACAUCCGACGCAGGCGCAACUAGAUGCGGUGCGUGAUCAGCGUAUUCUUGAAGACGAGCGGGAGAUCUACUUUGAUGACCUCAACAACAAAAAAACCGCCCGUGAACGAUUGGCGUACAUAAAAAAACUGGAGAAAGGUACUGCUUGGGCGGAUAAAGACGAGGGUCUCUCGCUGCAGCGCCAGCGAGAGAUUAAAGUUAUGCUUGGGUACUUGCCAAAAGGCAAUCGAGAACUUUAUGCAGCGCGCGGUGAUGUUGAUAUACCACCCCCAUUCCGUGCAAGUCACCCAACGUCUGUGGAGCGAUGGACGCACCCACCGGAGACAAACUUGGAGCAGGCGUCAAGGGGUGCAGCGGUGCUUGGCAAGCGGCUUGCCAUGACGGUGAGCGAGAUGCACGACAGGCAGGAGACAGCAGACAACCCGACGUUGCUAGACCGUUUUUACUACCGACUGCAAGGUCCGGCUUUAGAGGCGGGUGAACUGAAGGAAGCACUUGGGCUGAAGCGCAAUCGUAAGUCAGUGCCACGACAUGCCUCCGGUUGGGGCACACUUGGGAUGCCAAAGAACGCGCCGGGGGAGCCAGGAUACGCGGCGAAAUAG